GCUACGAGAUAGGUGUCUCUUGUUCAAUUGGUUCUUUUAUACUGGCGACCAAGUGUUGCCUCUCAGGCAGAAUGAUUGCGCGCUGAGGUGGCCUCGCGAGAUGAUGAAUCCUCGUGGGGCAGAGACCGACGACCAAGGCCGUAAUGAUGGUUCAGCCCAGCGUGUCCAGUUUUCAAAGAACAGGGUCUGUCCUCUCAUUCGUUCUAUUAUUAUCGCUCUCUGCUUGUAAGCACGAUGACGACUCACUUUUUCCUGAAGUUCAACAAUGCCUAAGGGGAUCCUACUCCAGGCUUCCAGAUUUUUAUAUCUGUCCUUUAAGAAAGAAAAAAAAAAUGGGAAGAAAAAAAAGGAAUAAGGCAUGUGCUGAACUAGUUCUCUAUAACCACGCUCGAUACUAUCUGUGGUUGAUCUCCUUUUGUACUCAGCCCUUCUAAAUCGUUGUCG